UGUGCCUAUCGGAGUCUGUGCCUUCAGCCAGCAACAAAACUACCGCUGAACGGACACGAGAGUCGGUGACUGUGAGUGACAGCGCGCAAGGGCCAAUCAGACACCAGGCCAGGUUCAGCAGUCACUGCUCAGGAAAUGGCUGGCCAGUUUAAAGGCACGAGCGGGCGCUCCGCUCAUCAGAACGAGCACCGAUCAUCUCCAGUUUCAAACAAAGACAGCAUCACGAGCAAUUUAGAGGUUACCAGUUUCAUGCCCAUAACCAAGAUGGCGCCACUUCGCUUUACCAUCGGCUUGGUUCUCCACGGCCUGGUGAUGAUUCCACUCUACUUUGUCGUCGUUUUUUCUAACGGUGCGCGGGGCACCGUGACGAGAAGCGGCCAUGGUGGUAGCAGCGAGAUUGGCAGUGGAAGCCCUGUGGCUCAUUACGCUGGUCAAGCACGACGCAACCACUCUGAUGAUGAGCAGGUCCGCCCCAACAACGCGUGCUCCGCGCAAGACUGCUUGCCUUAUAUUCGCAUGCAAGUGACGGUAGUGCUCACCCCGGAGCAGAGACUUGAAGUUCAAGAGAAGCAACCACUCGUUCGCCGUUGGCUCACUGCUAACGGACACCAGAGCGUUCGAAGAGACAUUCCACACGGCCCAAUUGUCACACUGACCCCAGCACAGAGGGAUCAGAUCCUAGCUCAGUACGGAGACUACUUCAGCCGAGCGGAUGAGCUGCCGACACUGCGGCAGUCUCGAUCCGUACAGACGCAAACCAAUAUCUGCCCAAGACAGGAACACUGGGAAGAUCUAACAUUGGCACUAACAAAUGACGAUGAACUGAUACAAGUUGUGCAGUUUCCAGAGACCGAUGACAAGCAAUGGAUCCUGACUGAGCGAUGUACACAGAAUUAUUGUAGCUUCGUGUCCAAUUGCGCCUGUAGCACCAACACACGCCUUGUUCGAGCUUUUGUCAUCAGUUUGGAUCAGUCAGUGGUAGCUCGCAAAUUCAUCAAGGUCUACUGCUGUGCUGCUUACAAAACCAAUUGAAACGGUCAUCUUGCAGAGAAGUGGUUCUAGUCUGAGAGUGCUUUCUCACGUUUUCCCUGUUAGAACCCUUAUUCGAGCAGUGUCAAUUACUGCAGCAAUUUCUGGGAAUAAUAUGAUUUCCUUGAUUUCUGAACUUAAACAUUAUUAGCUAAUUCAUGAAGGCAAUGUCAUUUAUGAAAAAUAUGCAGAUAAAUGGCGGUUCGUAAGUGACUUCGUCACAAAGGCAGACGCGCCACGAUUUGCAGGCUUCCAUUGGACAAUGGCUGAAGUUGAACAGCGAUCAAUGCAUGUAACUCUAUGUGCAGUGAUGUGCAGUGGGCGUGGUUUAAAUUGAAGUGACGUCGCACUUACGAACCUGAUUACUGUGGUGGCACAUUGCUCGUGGGCAUGUGGUACAUGCGCGUUACACGCCUCUUCAAUCAAUAGGGUGUCGUGACGUUGUGCUAAAUGCACGCGCGCGUCAAGCUGAAGAAUGUUCGCUUGAGUGCGGCGCCACCGCAGUUACGGCGUCUUAUUGGAUAAGUCUAUAGCUCUAGAUACCGCCUGGUGCUUGCCAUUUAGAGUGAGGUAAUUGGUAUUUUAUUUCGACGUGUAACAGCAAAAUGCCUUAAUGAUAAAUAAUAUUUGGGAAAAUGUGCAUGCCCAGAAUAGUAUAACUCGGUUAACUGUCUUCCAGCCCUAGAACGCUGUUGUUGUAGCCCGCGACAAAUUAAAGAAAAGAACGAAUUUGCGUAUUUCCGUGAAGUCUAACGCUACGUUUGCUUCUAAUGAAUAUAAAAUCCGUUCGUGGUUGCUGAGGGGUAUACGAUUUUCAGUCACAUUUUGUUUGUUUGUUUGUUAAUUGUCAUUGUGCUCUGCCUUGACGCUUUUCGAACCUCAGUUUGGCAUAUCUAAUAAUUUGCUUUUGUUUUGCCUUCGGUAAUCCACAGUGGCACUUUCUAGUCAGUCAACAUAAUUCAUUAAAUGAAAUAAAAAAUGCGUAUGUAUUUUACCUUAAUAAAUUGAUUUCGAAGGAGAUGGUGACAGCGCUAUACAAUAAAACAUGCUGAAGAGUGCUUUUUCUGCAAAGUGGCAAAAAGUCAAGUUGGAAUAUAUUUGUUCUUGACCACAUAAACCCUACUUGGGAUUUAAGCAGCGUGAGAUUGUUUCU